AUGAAGGCAUUGAUUCUGGUUGGAGGGUUUGGAACUAGGUUGAGGCCAUUGACACUCAGUGUCCCAAAGCCUCUUGUUGAUUUUGCUAACAAACCCAUGAUUUUGCAUCAGAUAGAGGCUCUUAAGGCCACUGGAGUUACUGAAGUGGUACUGGCCAUCAAUUACCAACCAGAGGUUAUGUUGAAUUUCUUGAAGGAUUUUGAAGCAAAGCUAGGCAUUAAGAUUAGUUGUUCACAAGAAACUGAACCACUAGGAACUGCAGGCCCCUUGGCUCUUGCUAGGGAUAAGCUGCUAGAUGAAUCUGGAGAGCCAUUUUUUGUUCUCAACAGUGAUGUUAUCAGUGAGUACCCACUUAAAGAAAUGAUUGAGUUUCACAAAUCCCAUGGAGGGGAGGCUUCCAUAAUGGUUACAAAGGUUGACGAGCCAUCAAAAUAUGGUGUUGUUGUAACGGAGGAGACCACAGGGAAGGUUGAGAAAUUUGUUGAGAAACCGAAGUUGUUUGUUGGUAACAAAAUCAAUGCUGGAAUUUACCUAUUGAACCCAUCUGUUUUGGAUAGAAUUGAACUGAGGCCCACUUCUAUCGAAAAAGAAAUUUUUCCAAAGAUUGCUGCAGAGAAAAAGCUAUUUGCAAUGGUCCUUCCUGGAUUCUGGAUGGACAUCGGACAACCGAGGGACUAUAUUACUGGCUUGAGGCUUUACCUGGACUCAUUGAGGAAGAAGUCUUCUUCUAAGCUGGCCAUUGGCUCUAACAUUGUGGGGAAUGUCAUUGUUGAUGAAACAGCCAAAAUUGGCGAGGGCUGUCUCAUUGGACCUGAUGUCGCUAUCGGUCCCGGCUGCAUUGUUGAGUCUGGUGUGAGGCUCUCACGCUGCACAGUAAUGCGAGGCGUCCGGAUUAAGAAGCAUGCUUGCAUUUCCAGCAGUAUUAUUGGGUGGCAUUCCACUGUUGGACAAUGGGCUCGAGUGGAGAAUAUGACUAUCCUUGGAGAAGAUGUUCAUGUUUGUGACGAGAUUUACAGCAACGGAGGUGUUGUUUUGCCCCACAAGGAGAUUAAGACAAAUAUUCUGAAACCCGAGAUUGUCAUGUGA